AUGUCCACAAGCAAUGAUGCCAUAGUAACCCAGGAAGAAAGUGACCAGACUUCGAAUACGUCCGAUGUCGAGUCAGAUGCGAGUUCUACGAAGUCUGGUGAAGAUAAAAAAGCUAAACUUCAACGACAAAGACAAGAAAGGAAAGCCCAAAAACAAGCUUUAGAGAAAGAUACACGAAAGCUAAAUCAAAAUAAAAUCAGAGAUACAGCGAAGCGGUACCAAUUUUUGCUUGGUCAUUCAGAAUUAUUCUCGCACUUCAUUGAUUUGAAGAAAACGGAAGAUGAAGAAUUUAAAGUACUUGUUGAAGAAGCUGAAAAUUUAAAUAACUCGAUAAAAGAGUCGUCCGGGUCUCGGCGUCAUCGAAAAACUGAAAAGGAGGAGGAUGAGGAGUUGCUCAAAGACGAAGCAGACGAGUCACCGGGUGUUAUGCAGGUUUUUACUGAAUCACCAAGUUUUAUUAAAAAUGGGACAAUGCGCGAUUAUCAACUUCAAGGCCUGAAUUGGAUGAUAUCACUUUUCGAAAACGGGAUUAACGGAAUUUUAGCAGAUGAAAUGGGUCUUGGCAAGACUUUGCAAUCGAUCUCAUUUCUUGGGUAUCUUAAAUAUGUUCGAAAUAUACCUGGCCCUCAUCUUGUUGUUGCACCAAAAUCAACAUUACAUAAUUGGGAAAAAGAAUUUAACAUGUGGAUUCCGGAUUUUCAUGUAGUUGUUCUACACGGAAACAAGAAAGAAAGGGCACAAAUAAUUUCUGAACGAUUAUUGCCAAAAGAUUUCGAAGUUUGCAUAACAUCUUAUGAGAUGUGUUUAAUAGAAAAAGCUGCAUUAAAAAAAUUCGCUUUUCAAUAUAUUAUCAUUGAUGAAGCCCAUAGAAUCAAAAACGAAAACUCCAUGCUUUCACAGAUAGUUAGAGUUUUCAAAUCAAGGAAUCGUUUAUUAAUUACUGGAACUCCACUUCAAAACAAUCUUCAUGAACUAUGGGCUCUUUUAAACUUUCUUUUACCUGAUGUGUUUAGUUCUUCUAAGGAUUUUGAUUCUUGGUUUAAAUCUCAAGGUGAUAAUCAAGAUAAUGUAGUUCAGCAAUUGCAUAAGGUAUUACGACCUUUCCUUCUCAGAAGGAUAAAAUCCGAUGUGGAAAAGUCCCUCCUUCCAAAAAAGGAGGUUAAUGUAUACGUUGGAAUGACCUCCAUGCAAAGGAAAUGGUAUCAAAGGAUUUUAGAAAAGGAUAUUGCUGCAGUUAAUGGUGCUGUAAGUAAAAGUGAAAGCAAGACACGCUUAUUGAAUAUUGUUAUGCAACUUAGGAAAUGUUGCAAUCAUCCAUAUCUUUUUGAUGGUGCCGAGCCCGGCCCACCUUAUACAACUGAUGAGCAUCUUAUUAACAACGCAGGUGAUUAUUUUAGAAUAGUAUUACCAUUUUUAGAUGAUUAUAAUAAAAAACGGUCAAAUAAUUGUAAUAUUUUAGGCAAAAUGAUGGUAUUAGACAAACUUCUCAAAAGAUUAAAAUCGCAGGGUUCACGUGUUCUUCUGUUCAGUCAGAUGAGUCGAGUUCUUGAUAUACUGGAAGAUUAUUGUAUAUUUCGUGAUUUUGAAUACUGUCGUAUUGACGGGCAAACAAAACAAGAUGACCGAAUAACUGCCAUAGACGAUUAUAAUGCGCCUGGAAGCAGUAAAUUUAUAUUCUUGCUCACAACACGUGCGGGUGGACUUGGAAUCAACCUCACCAGUGCAGAUAUCGUAAUACUUUAUGAUAGUGACUGGAAUCCCCAAGUAGAUUUACAAGCUCAAGAUCGUGCACAUCGUAUUGGGCAAACUAAACAAGUAUACGUCUUUAGAUUUGUUACUGAAAACGCUAUCGAAGAAAAAGUUCUAGAAAGAGCUGCUCAAAAAUUGCGGCUAGAUCAGCUUGUUAUUCAGCAAGGCCGACUAACCCAAUCUCAGAAAGCCGCUAGUAAAGAUGAGCUUUUGACAAUGAUUCAGCAUGGAGCUGAAAGCGUCUUCAACUCUAGUGAUAGCACUGUAACAGAUGAUGAUAUUGAAAAUAUUCUGCGUAAAGGUGAAGAGAAGACUGCAGAACUUAGUAUGAAAUAUCAGAGUCUCGGAUUGGAUGAUUUACAAAACUUUACGUCAGAGUCUGCUUAUCAAUGGCAAGGAGAAGAUUGGAGUAAUAAGCGCAAAGGUCAAACAUCGCGCUUUAAUUGGAUUGAACCACCAAAACGAGAACGUAAAGCCAACUAUGCUGUCGACUCAUAUUAUAGAGAAGCAUUACGACUUACAGCCAAACCAACUCAGCCUAAAGUACCCAGAGCACCUAAACAAAUUAUCAUCAACGAAUUUCAAUUCUACCCUCCUCGGUUAGUGGAAUUAUUAAAGAAAGAGAUGUAUCAUCAACAAAAAUUAGCUGGAUAUAAGGUUGCUUUGGCAGAACCUCAGGGUGAGAAUGAAGAUGACAUGGAGGUUCGGGAAAAAGAGCGCCAAGAAGAACAGGCCAAGAUUGAUAAUGCCGAUGCAUUAACUGAAGAGGAAGAGGCAGAAAAAGAAGCAUUAAUGGAAAAUAUUUUCGAAGACUGGAGCAAAAGAGAUUACAACAAUUUUGUGAAUGCAUCUGCUAAAUAUGGAAGAAAUGCCCUUGAAGAAAUAGCUUCUGAAAUAGAAGGUAAAACUUUAGACGAAGUAAAAGCGUAUGCUAAAGUCUUUUGGCAGCGUUAUCAAGAAUUACCUAACCAUGAAGAAAUUAUCGCGAAGAUUGUUAAAGGCGAAAGUAAAUUGCAACAGACUGUUGGUAUUCAGGAAUUGCUUAGAGCAAAGGUAGCACAAUAUCGAACGCCCGGUCAUCAAUUACAAGUAUCAAAUCAAGCGAAGGGGAAGACAUUAUUUUCAGAAGAGGAAGAUCGAUAUCUAUUAAUUGCACUUGCAAAAUAUGGAUAUGGAACUGAAGAUGUAUAUGAGAAAAUACGGAAUGAAAUUGAAAGUGCUGAAGUGUUUCGGUUUAAUUGGUUUAUCAAGUCGAGGACAUCUGGAGAGAUUGCUCGACGCUGCGCUACUCUUAUCAAUCUUUUACAAAAGGAGCACGGUGAAGAGGAAGCAGCACAGCCUGUACAGGAAGAAAAGAAAGUAAUUAUAAUUAUUAUUUGUAUUUACUUCUGGUUUAUCUAUAUUAUAUUUGACAACGCAAAUUGUAUUUAA